UUAUGUGGAUUUUAUCUGUAUGAAAUCACGUUAUCUUUCCGUUAAGUUAUUCAGUUCGGCUUUCCCAAUCUGCAAAUCGCCCAACUAAAAUUAUUAAUUUUUGUGCUACUACAGGACUGCUACUACAUGACAAGCCUUGUACCGUCUUUUUAUUAAAAUUCUAGUAUAGCAACCUGUAUGAAUUUCGGAACGUUGAUAUGGAACCUUUCAACUCAGAAUCUCGAUCUUCGAGUUCCUUGCAACCUGUUGUGUAUGCCGCAAACGUUAGUUCUGAUGUAUCGCUGCGAGGAGCGGAUGAUCAGUCCAAACCAAUCCAGUGGAUUCCCUGUCACCGUGCUGUUCUGGCAGCUCAGAGUACUUACUUCCGCUCUAUGUUCGCUUCGCAGAUGAAAGAAGCGCAUGAAAAGCAGAUCCAGCUCAAGGAUAUCCCCCACGAGAUCUUAGACCAGAUUGUCCGGUACAUGUAUUCCUCCAGAAUCUCUUUGGAAGCCAACUACGUUUUGUUACUGUUGGAAUCUGCAUUAUUCCUUGAAGUGAUCGAAAUCGUCGGUGAAUGCCAGAAAUUUUUAAAGAAUAUCAUGAAUACCGGAAAUUGGUUGACUAUACAACGCACGGCGGAAUUCCUUUCAUGCAGCGACUUAAUAAACAUCUGCGACGAAUUUGUGGUCAAGAAUUUUUCAGCUCUUUCUAAGUGUGACGAUUUUUUAGAGAUUAACGAAUCGAAGAUGGUGGAACUUAUUGCAUCGGACGAUUUGUACGCGGAGAGCGAGGACGAAGUAGCGGACGCCGUGAUUCGCUGGUUGAAUAGUAAUCCGGAUCAACGGCUAUCUCACACCGGCGAGAUUUUGCCACUGAUUCGAGCGCCCUUUUUGAGUGCGGAACGAUACAAAUUAAUUCGUAGCAUCUAUAUGGAUCCAGACCAGGUAUCUGUUGAACAGUUCCGAAAGGUCACAGAUGACAUAAUCCAACACACGCCGUAUCAGCACCGUAAAUCAUACAAGCCGAUCCUGGUAGGCGUUGGCGGGGAACAGAGACCAAAGUUUGUUUACCGUUUCGAACCAAGUAUCGAGCAAUGGAUCCCAGUGCGCCUUCUGCCGCAAUCACCGAAAAGCAGAUCUGCUUAUUUACCGAUUGUCGCAACGUUAAGCGGCAGUGUCCGUAUUUUCGAUCUGAUUCACGGUGAUGGCACAGCGCGCAGCUGUGUGUGGCGCUUUGAAUCCGAUACGGACCAAUGGGAGCGAUUGGCCCCGCUGCCCGUCGGACGGUGCGAGGGUCCGCUGGUGGUCAACGAAAAGGUUUAUGUCCUUGUUAGCGGUGACGAAUCGCAGAGCUUCCUGUGCUAUAAUGAACACUCCAAAGAAUGGGACAAAUGCGCGACGGUUCCCAAGAUUUCCCUGUCAUCCGCGAUGACGGUACACGAUAGCGGUUGCAUCUACAUGUUUGGCGGCCACGACGUGUCGUACAAGGUUGACAAAAAAGGCCGUCUCGCGGACUCCGCGUACUGCUUCAAUCCACGCGACAAGACCGUCAAAUCGUUGGCAAAAAUGCCGACAAAACGAUACAACAGCAGCGCUGGUGUUGGUCCCGAUGGGCUGAUCUAUGUCAUGGGUGGAAUAGGUGCUGAGCAUAAGCGCAGGUUCCGCGAAUUCUUUGUCGACUGUCUGGAGGUGUAUGAUCCGAAAACUAACGAAUGGGAGAUGAAGGAUGUGGAGAAAUAUGAUAUACCGUUUAGUGCGGCUCGAAUGUUUGAGUUCAACGGGAAGCUCCACUGUGUUGGUGGAUGUCAAUCAAUGGCUUACUAUGAUGCACCUCGGGACCGAUGGAUGUCCGUCGAUGGCAAUUUACCGCACCAACUGAGUGGAUGUUCCGGUUAUGCGGCAAUUCCACAACACAUUGUCCGGAAAUGGACGCAACAACCCGGGUCGUGUGCGCACCUGAAGUGUUCUAGCGGUUGCUCAGAAGAUCACUGGUAGUUCGCAAAGAAAUUAAACUUGUAAGAAGUUAUGCGGACUCAACGACCAGAUGUUGUCGGCUGUCGACCAAAUGUGUUCCAUAAUUUGUAUAAGGGAUUUCUUACUUUUUUUCUUCCUUUUGUUGUAUAGUGGCUACUUUCUAUCACAGUAGCAAAAUAGGUGUUUAUAUGACUUUUAGAAGACGAGGAUUUAUGUGGUAGU